AUGCGCCAGAUGGUUUAUCAAACAGCCAUAAGUUUUUUUAUAAACGGACCUCGAGUUGGUUUGUCGGAUGUCCAGAAAGCAACACUGGGUAGUGUCAUACAAGAUUCUACUGGAAGUUAUAGACUAGGUCAAAACAGCGAAGGUCUGUCGCCAUUUAAAGGACGACUUCAAGAUUUCCAUCUUUAUUCUGAACUACUUACAAAUAGAGAAAUAGCCCAACUUUAUACUGGUGUAUUUCCUGAAGUUAGAAUUCAAUCUCAUUGUCGAUGUCCUCCUUCUCAUCCCCGAGUUAAACCUGGGCAGACGCAUUACUGUAUACCUAACGGAGUACCAGAUAACGCAGGAGACGAGAUUCUACGAGUUAACCAGGAGGCACAUCCAUUAGAGUAUACAAACGAUGGAGAUAGUAACACGAUCUGGAUCUCAAAGUUCCAGUCACAAGUAGAUUUAAUUGUUGAUUUAGGAGACGAAUUUCAGGUGUUUUAUGUGGUGAUACAGUUUUAUAGUCCGCUGCCGAAAGCCGUUACUGUGGAAAGACAGAGAAAUAAUUCUGACGUGUGGGAAGUUUGGCAAUAUUACGCAGAGAAUUGUACAAGUUAUUUCAAUCAGGAUAAUAAUGGACUGCUUCCGACAUCAACUUCUAUAAACUGUCUACAAUUUGGCACCAACAAUCUGAUGAUACCAUACUCACGAGGAAAUAUAACAUUUAAUAUUUUACCACAAGAACCUGUUCCCAGACCCGGAUACAAUGACUUUUAUAACACACCAGAACUUUACGAUUUUGUUAAAGCAGCGAAGAUACGGGUCCGAUUCCAGGAUCAUUACUUUGUCACUAAUCUUCGACAUGAAUAUUAUGGAGUUUAUGAAUAUGCUGUUAGUGCUCGUUGUAAUUGUCAUGGACAUGCUGAAACGUGUGAUAUGUCUACGUUACCCUACAAAUGUAACUGUUUACAACCGUCAAACACCGAGGGUAAUCAGUGUGAAACGUGUCAGCCAUUAUAUAACAACAAACCAUUCCGAUUGGGUGAUCAGACAAACGACUACAACUGUCAGCUCUGUCAAUGUUACAACCACGCUUCAAGUUGUUACUAUAAUGUCACCUUGGACCAGUUUCCUGGACAACAUGAUCGUGGAGGGGGCGGAGUCUGUGUGUCGUGUCAAGAUAAUACGGAAGGACAGAUGUGCGAUAGUUGUAUCGACAUGUAUUUUAGACCUGUUGGUAAAAGUCUGUAUGAUAAAGAUGUCUGCAUGUCGUGUAAUUGUAACGAAACCGGUAUAGCAGAAGUCAACUCAACAUGUGAAAAGGUUGGAGGUCAAUGUCCGUGUAAGGAUUUGGUAUCUGGUCGACAGUGUGAUAUCUGUAAAGAUGGUUAUUAUAAUCUCCAGUCCGUUAAUCCUGUCGGAUGUGAAACGUGCGAUUGCUCCAUUAACGGCACUGUUAAUUUCAAUGUGUCAUGUGACAUCAACUCGGGACAGUGUUAUUGUAAACGCAACGUUAGAAAUCGACAGUGUGACGCGUGUGAGUAUGGUUACUAUAAUUUAACGACUAGCAAUCCAGAUGGUUGUACACCGUGUGAUUGCGAUCCACAGGGUUCACAAAGCAUUUAUUGCGAUCCUGAUUCCGGGCAGUGUCAAUGUAAAGAGAAUAUCGUAGGAUUGAAGUGUAAUGAGUGUAGUCCGAACUUUUUUAAUUUUAGUUUAGGCUGCGUCCCGUGUAACUGUAAUGCUGCGGGAAUUGAAGCCGGAACGAUCUGCGAACCUGUUUCUGGGCAGUGUGUCUGCAAGCAGCAGGUCGGCAAGCGACAGUGUGAUACAUGUAAAGAUGGUGCGUAUGGUUUCGGCAGCUCACCCUCAACUGGUUGCGAAGUGUGUACUUGUAAUAAAGCAGGCGUUGACGCGAAUGCCGAUUCGUGUGAUGUUGACUCAGGAAGUUGUGUUUGUAAAGAGAGGGUUUUUGGUCGUAUGUGUAAUCGUUGUAAAGGGAAUACAUGGGGAUUGAACAUAACAAACCCGUUGGGCUGUGAUUUAUGUGAAUGUGACCCGACUGGUACGCAGCAAGGUGAUUCUCUUCCUCCGGAUUCCUUGGCCUGUAACAACGGAAAUGGACAGUGUUCAUGUCUGGCCAAUAGAUUUGGUCGCCAGUGUGAAAUGUGCUUUGCAGGUUCGUAUUAA